AUGGCCAUCAUCUUCAUCAAUCCCCGGGUGCUCUACUUCGUCGUCGUCGUGCUGCUCUGCGGUGGCCACGCACACGGCAAGGGCAGAGCGGCGACCGUCUAUGGCGUGACAGAGUACGGAGCGGCGCCGAGCAACAGGGACAACAAAGACGCGUUCUUGGCCGCGUGGCGCGCGGCGUGCGACUCCACCGCCGGCAACCCGACGCUCCAUUUCCCCAAGGGCACGUUCGCCGUCGGUGCCGUGGCGUUUGAGGGGCCGUGCAGGAACGGCGGCGGCGCGCCUGUGGUGGUGAUCGACGGCGUGCUCCGGCCGUGCGCGGGGGGCCGCGGGUGCCGCCUCUCGGACGAUGCCUGGAUCACCUUCAGCGGCCUGAACAACCUCCUGGUCACCGGCGACGGCACCCUCGACGGCCACGGCGCCGGGAGCGAUGACAGGAUCAAGUCCAAGUCCAAGACGACGACUCUGGUUCUCGACGGCGUGACUAACUCCACGCUUCGGGGCCUGGCGUUCGUCAACAGCCGGGGCUUCCACGUGAACAUCCGCCGCUGCAGCCGAGUGGUGGCCGAGGGCCUCGGCAUCCACGCGCUGGAGCGCAGCCGCAACACGGACGGCGUCCACGUCGGCCUGUCGAGCCACAUCCGCGUCCUCGACUCGGUGAUCGGCACCGGCGACGACUGCGUGUCCGUCGGCCCCGGCUCCGUCGACGUCCUCGUCAACGGCGUCAUCUGCGGGCCCGGCCACGGACUCAGCGUGGGGAGCCUGGGGAAGGAGGAGGGCGAGCAAGACGUGCAGGGGCUCAUCAUCAAGAACUGCACGGUGAAGGGCACCACCAACGGGGUGCGCAUCAAGACGUGGCCCGGGUCGCCGCCGAGCCGCGCGUCCAACAUCACCUUCCAGGACAUCACCAUGGACGACGUCGCCAACCCCAUCAUCAUCGACCAGCGGUACUGCCCGCACGACCACUGCGCCGACGCCAACAAGCCGUCGCAGGUGCAGAUCAGCGACGUGACGUUCGAGCGGAUCGAGGGCACGUCCAGCAGCAGGGUGGCGGUGCAGCUGCUGUGCAGCGAGGAGCGGGCGUGCACCGGGGUGCGCCUCGACGGCAUCAACCUCAGCUGCGGCGACCAGCCCUGCCGCUCGGUCUUCUCCAACGUGCGGGAGACGCCCGGCUCCGGCUCUGGCUCGGUGGUGGCGCCAGCGCCGAGCCCUGCCUUGGCUCCGGCGGCGCGUGCUCCGGUGGAAGAGUUCGCCGUAGCAAGGUAG